AUGUCCUUGGUUUGUCUGCCUGGAGAAGACCUAAGUACACGAAUACCAAAAGAAAAUACAAAGAUCAUUGGCUACGGAAUAGGUCGUGAUCCCAACUCGGAUAUUUUGGUUGCUCGACAGCCGGGAAUCUUCAAGCAUGAAGGAGAGAAGUGUUGGAUAAGUGUACAUUCCAAAAGCGACUUUUACAAGCUUGAAAUUGGAACGCCCGAGAAUGCGACGAUAUCAUUUUUGGCGUUCGAAGGAGCGACAAAACGCAAUCGACCUGAUUUGAAAAUUGGUGAUGUGGUGUACGCUCAGGUUAUGGACGAAUUCGCUCAUGCAGAUGUGGAGCUGACAUGUGUCGAUGCAGUUUCAAGAGCACGAGGAUUAGGAGUUCUAUCUGGCGGCUUUUUGUUCAAAGUGUCUUGCAAUCUGGCGCGGAGGCUUCUAUCAAGUCAUUCACAAUUGUUAAAACUUUUGGGGAAGGAUUACAAGUUUGAAAUUACUGUCGGACUAAAUGGCCGAGUAUGGCUAAAAGGAGCCGUACUCGUAUAA